AUGAAGCUGCCGUUAUUGCUAUUGUACCAUUUAGCAACAUAUCUUGUCCACCUCUUUAAAUUUAUUAUUAUAAUCGACACAUCAUUUGCUGAUAUUGUUCACAUGCCGAUCAAAAUAAACAGUGAACACAUAAUAUUCGGACGCCACAGGAGACAAUCAACAUUGCUUUGUCGUCAUUUCUCUACAGCAAUUGGCUGUGAAAAUAAUGAUAAUCAUGAUAAUGAACGAGAAGGCCACAAGCAGAGACAAGAGAGAUAUUAUUCGGUUCCCGUGAUGCGGUCAGAAAGAAUACAACCACAGUACUAUGGACAGUCAACACCUCUCCUGUGGAACUCAUUAUUGCCGAAAUGCAGGGCGUUGGUUUAUAAAAAUGGAGACUUCUUCAAGAUAAUUUAUAUGAUACAAAUUGUAAUAUUAUUUAGAUGUGAUGCCACUGAUGAAAAUUGUGUUCAGCUCCGAAUCACAAUCAGAAAUUGCAACGACGACGAGGAAGGAAGUUACUGGACGAGAAUGAUUUCAACACAAGGACCACACCAGCCAACACCCGCACCGCCAACUCCGCCUUAUCUUCCUUAUCUCCCUCCACCAACUGCUCCAAUACCUCCGCCACCGCUAACACCAUAUCCACCGCCACCACCGUUACCGCCGCUACCAUCCCUUCCACCACCAUUACCUAUGCCACCUCCCCCUUGUAUAUCUAUAGGCUCGCCGUGUCCAACAAAUGCCUUUCUUAUCACUGUUCGCCCUGUUCAAUCUGGUGGCAUUGCUUUUCUACCAGCAUCAUCUACUUCAUUAGCCUAUUCACCAACAUACUCGUCAUCACAAACAUUUUCAUCUCCACCGGUGCUACCUUUCGCAUUUCAACAUUCACCCUCGGUAGCACCUUUAUCAGAGCAAGUAUUUCACCAAUCAAUGAUGCCAAUACAACCGAACAUUCCCUGCCAACCGUGUUGCCGAAAAUGUUCGCCUUUGUGCUUGCCAUCAUUUGAAGUGCUAGGCUGCGAUGAAAAUCCAAUACCCGAUUAUGGUGGACAUGUCGAGAAUGGAUGA